CCUGAGCAGGAACCUCCUCCAAAACCUGCUCUGCCAGCUCGACUCCUCCUUGGCCAUCUCACCUGGGCUGUCACACACACACACACAUACACACACACACACUCACACACACUGGCAUCCUCGAGCUGUCUCAUACAAACUUCUUUCUCUCUCACUGACACAAGGAGCUAAGAUUCUCUCUGUUCUUCCCCUGACCACCUCAGUGGACUAAGGCCUAGCCUAGCCUCUCCUAGCCUAGCUCUCUCUCUUUCUCAAUUCUAUAAUUUCUUCUCCCUCUCUCUCUCUUUCUUCUUCUUUUCUCUCUCUCUCUCUCUCUGAGCGGUCAGUAUGAGUAAGUUGUGGACAGAGGAGCAGUUCAACUGCCCGGUGUGUUUGGACCUGCCGACGGACCCGACCACCAUCCCGUGCGGCCACAGCUACUGCAUGGAGUGCAUCACGGACUUCUGGGACAACGAGAAGGACAAGAAGAAGACGGCCGGCGCGUUCAGCUGCCCCGAGUGCCGGCAGACGUUCAGCCCGAGGCCGCAGCUCUGCCGCAACACCAUGCUGGCCGAGGCCAUGGAGCAGGUGCGCAAAGGGAGCCUGAGCAACACGGCGCGCGAGACCAUCCGCAGAGCCCACGGAGCUAGCGUGAAAGCUAGCGCCAGCGCUAAGGGCAGAGCUAGCGGCGGCGCUAACAGUCGGCGCGGUAGCGGCCAGCGGGGGGCCGUGCCCUGCGACCAGUGUCUGAGCGGAGAGCGCGACGCGGUCAAGACGUGUCUGGUGUGCAUGGCGUCGUUCUGCGAGGUGCACCUGAAGCCGCACACGACCAACGCCAAGCUGAAUGGCCACGAGCUGAUCGCACCGACGGCCAACAUCACGGAGAAGAUCUGCGCGCAGCACAAGUACCUGCAGGAGUUCUACUGUAAGCCCUGCCAGAUGUAUGUGUGCUGGCUCUGCACCAGCAACCAGCACAAGGGCCACGAGAGUGUGUCCACACAGGCACAGCGCACGGAGAAACAGAAAGAGUUGGAGGCGGCCCAAACGCAGAACCAGCAGCGGUUGCAGGAGAGACAGAAGGAGCUGAAGGACAUGAAGAAAAUUGUGGAAACACUGACGCGCUCCUCUGAGAAGGUGCAGGAGGAUGUGGACUUGGUCCUGAGGGAGCUGCAGCAGUCAGUGCAGAAGCUGCUGGACCUGGUGGGGGACGUGAUGCUCUCCACUGGGCAGGAGAAGAUAGGCGAGGCCCAGGACGUGGUGCAGAAGCUGGAGGCCGAGGUGCGCCAGCUCAAGAAGAGAGAGACGGCCUCCAGAGACCUGAUCCGCUCGCAAGACAACAUCUACUUCCUACAGAAAUGUGAUGCUCUGGUGACCCCCGUGGAGGAGAGUGAUGUGGGGAGUGUGAGUGUGAACCCCGACGUCACGUUCGACUGGGUCAAGGGCACCAUCCGGGAUCUCCGGGACAGGGUGGAGGUCAUGUGUAACGUGGAGCUCAACAACGUCAACCAGACAGUGUUUGACACGGAAGUUUUCACAGUGACAAAGAAAGAUGACAAGAAGGCAGCUUUCCUGAAGCUGUUCUCAGGGAUUGGAAAACCAGCCAACGCCAGAGCUGCUCCAUCCAUGCCGUCAGUGAGUGUGCGAGGUCUAGGUCCAGGUAACACCGGACGCCGCAGCUCAGAGGCCAGGACACAAAACGAACCAAGAGCUGGAAGAGGAGCUGGAACAUCACCCCGUCCUGCUCGACACAGACAAGCCACUGUGGAAAGAGAUGAAGAUGACACCUGGAGUGUGAGUUCUCCGCCGAGACCAAGAAAAGACGAGAGAGAGACCGCUAACACCUCAACACAGCCACAGAGACAACACACAGAGGACAGAGACCAAGCUGAUACUUGGAUUCAAAGUUCCCUCCGACCAAAUGAGAGACAGAGAAGAAAUAACAACAGGGAGGAUGAUAACACAGACAUCAGUGGUCCCACCCACACAUCAUCAUCAUCACACACUCCACAGAGACAAACACAGGACAGGAAUCAAUCUGACACCUGGAGUCUCAGUUCAAUGAGAAUAAAUUCACGACAGAAGAAAGAGACAGUUACUCAACAGAACACCAGUUCAGCUCAGAAUGGACAGCCACAAGAGAGAGCAGUUGAUACGUGGAGUCUGAGUUCAUUAUUACCCAAAGAUAGACGCAGGAGAGAGAGCCAACAAAGUGAAAGAGGUGAACGCUGGAGCUUGAGCUCACUGCUGCCCCGAAACAGACGCAAACGAGAGGAGACGGGAACUGUGCGAGAACUCACCCCAGACGCCCCUCCUUCUUCCUCAGGCUUAUGGGACGCCCAACCCACUCAAGUCAAUCCUGGUCUGUUCCUGGACACUCCAACCCCUGAGACGAUGACUUCACUUGCCUUCCCAGCUUUGAGGGAGAUUGACCUUGACAGCAUCCAAGCACCAGAGCCCCGCACCAGAGAGGACUUCCUGCAGUACGCAUGUGUCCUGACCCUUGACCCCAACUCGGCCCACCGCAGGCUGGUCCUGUCGGAGGGCAACUCCGUGGCAACGCUGCAGGCGACCCUCCAGGUGUACCCUGACUGCCCGGAGCGUUUCGACGGCUGGACGCAGGUGGUGUGCCUGGGGCCGCUGACCGCCGACCGCUGCUACUGGGAGGUGGAGUGGAGGGGUCGGGGGUCAUCCCUGGGCGUGGCCUUGGCCUCCAUGCCCCGCAAGGGGGCGGACUCCAGGUCGGGGCUGGGCUACAACGGCCAAUCAUGGAGCCUGGAGCUGUCGGACAUGUGCUGCGCUGCGCUGCACGCCAAUCAGAAGCAGGAGAUCCCCGUGACGUACUCGCCGCGGGUGGGCCUCUUCCUGGACCGCGCGGCGCAGACGCUGGCCUUCUACGGCGUGGACGACGAGCUGGUGCUGCUGCACGCCUUCCGCUCGCCCGCACUCGCCCAGCCACUCUAUGCCGCCUUCGGCGUCGGCUGCGGACUCGGCAUCGGCCUGGACUUUGCCAGUGGCCAGUUCAGCGCCCAGACGGACAGCAUCAAGAUAUGCCCCAUCUGAUGCCAACCUGAGACUGGCAUCCAUACAGCAUCAAGAUAUGCCCCAUCUGAUGCCAACCUGAGACUGGCAUCAAUACAGCAUCAAGAUAAGC